AUGCGAAUACCUCGAGAUACAGAGGUUCACGCCUUCAAGGUCCAAGGUCCCAUGCGAUCCAUAUCCAUGAAUGAUUUGAAGCGUCCGCGACACAGCAGUUCCGCGACGGACCCAGAAGACACGUCCCCCCAUGCGUUGGCGCCGCUCACUUUGGUCUUCUUUCUUCUCAAGUUCCCAUACCCAUGCCCCAUGCCGAACCCGAAGCUACUGAAACGAAGUUCCCACCUCGUUGUCUUCCCCGGACUGCCGAUAGGGUCGGCCGCAAAGUCACCGAUUCCCUGCCAGCCUCAGGGCAUCAAUGUCGACGAAACAGACACACAACAACGCACACAGGUCAUUCAGCUCUCGAAGUUGCCUUCUCCCGCCCCUUCCACUCACCCCAUGAGCCAAGCCAAGGUCCAAGGGCUGCUUCUAGAUGCGCAUCAAACCCGCGUCGCCGGCGCCCGCGUCAACCACAAUAUCACCAUCAAGCCCACCGCGCAUAGUGUAUCCCAACCGGUGAUCCCGUCCUAUGGCACACUGGGCACGGUAAAAUGGAAACCUUCGUCUCGGGUACAGCGUGCAGCCUAA